AUGCUGGCGGACGACUGGACAACCCUGCGCGAUGUCCAAUACCGCAAGAUUCACCUUUACGACCUGGACUGGGCAGAGGACGAGGACCGGCACCUGGACCGGUGUCUGGUCGCCGUUGCCAAGUACGGAGGGGCGGUGGCCAUGGUGCGCGAUGAAACCAAGCUCCUUAAGAUGUCUGCCAAGGACUCUAUCGUCCCUACCCUUCGGGUGUGCAACUGCGCCGGGGGCACAAUUUCCGAGACGAUUCUGGACAAAGCCGUGCAGGCACCGGGAACGGCUUCGGAGCGAGGCCGGCUGCUGACGAUGGGGUGGACGGACGGCGAGAUGCUGGUCAUGGUCCGAGAGAGGGGGGGGGUCGAGGUCCGCGACAUCAUGGGGGAGUUGUCCAAGACUCUGGAGCUGGUGGACGACUCCUCGAGGCGUUCUUCGGAGCCCGACAGGGUGGCGGCCUGCGAGGUGUGGGGUGACGGGGUGGUGGCGCUCAUGGGGAGCGGAAAGGUCAAGGCGGUGUCCGGCAUACACUCCUCUGAGCCAAGGCACUUCAGCAUGGCUGCCGGGUUGGGAGCUAACGCGGCUCCCCUGACUGCCAUGGCCGUACUCGAGCCACAGUUUACGGCGUCCGGCGCUUUGGAGGUGGUGCUGGCUACUGAAGACGGCAACGUGCUAGGUGCGACACGAGUGGUCUGUCUCCCCUUGCUUACCCCGGCCUUUGCCCUUGCCGUCCACCCGUAG